GACGGAUCAUCGGAUGGCCGCUCCACCUCGCGCAGCGGGCGUGGGGCCACGCGGUACUCUGGCACCGUGGACCUGGACGCGGACCUGGAGGACUGGCGGCGACACCACGCGCGCGCUGCCAGCGCAGAAGGUGCUCCUCCUGACGCCUGGGCAGCCGCGGCCGCCCGCGCUGGGCUGCCCCCUGUUGGCAGAGAGUGGGCCCGCUGCCAGCACCAUGACCUGUCCCCUCGCGCCGGCCCCGCUGGCGAGAUGGGCGCCCCUCCCGCGCGGCCUGGCCCCGCGGCGGCGGCCUCGGGUGUGGCGCGCGCCCAUGGUGGCGCCCCUGCGUCAGUCGAGGCCAGCCUGCAAAGCAUGGGGGCGCGCCUUCAGGCCUCCCUGCAGGCGGCAGUGGCAUCGGCAAGCUCGAGCAUGUCGCAAGCCUUCCAGACGGCGAUCCUUGAGAUGGCGCAGCGGAACGACAGCCGCUUCCAGGCAAUGGAGGACCGCAUCGUGCCAAUGGAGGAGAAGAUGGGCCAGGUCGACCAAAUGCAGAAGGAGAUCCAGAAGCUCAAGGAAGAAUUGGUGGUACUCAAUACGGGCGUCCCUGCAGCGUCCACAGGCGGCAAUUGGGACAGAACGCCAGACCCCGCGGUUGUCACGGUCUUCGCCAAGAUCGCGCUCUCCAAGCAGGCGGUGGAGCAGGCACUGGCCCCGCUGGUGGCUGAGGCGCAGCUCAACGACCACGUCGUCCUGGAGGGCGAUGCGGUCAGUCACGAGCUAGCUCUCAAGAAGAUCAAGCAAGGGAUUGAAGGUCUACUCCCACACAAGCUCUUCGUGGAAAAGGACGCGGCGGCGUUGUCCAUGCAGUGGGCACAGCUGCUGCGAGUGCAAAUCGAGUCACCGUCGUCGUGCCCCCAGGUGCUCUGGAACAGGGCGUGCAUCAGGAAGUUCAACCUCGACAAGGACGCGCUGGCAGAGGAGGCGGCUCGCGUGCUGCGCCCCGAGUUCGCAUCAUGGAACACCAGGGCCUUCGCCAGCUACUUGCCGAGGCUCAUCAAGGGGAAGUUGCGUUACCUGCAGACGCACUGGCGGGGGCCAGUCGUUCUGGGAUUGCAGGAGACGCACGCGGGCCUGGAGACCAUGCAGCAGCUGCUCGGUCGUAUUGCCCGAGAUUUUGUUUGCUUCGCAUCCUCACCGAUCGGGGCUCAAUUUGAUGCGGGCGGGGUGGCCACUGUCUUCCCUGCCCAGGUGAAUGGAGACCGCAUCACAUACUCACAGUUUGACGCUGUCCCAGGCCGUGCUCUCAAGGUGACGGCCUCCAUGACAGGCGCGGAGCUCCGCCACUGGAACGCGCGCAACCACGGCUUCACGGCGGACGUUCGCACUCAGCUUCUCCAGCAUAUCCGUGCUGACCUUGCGUGGGCCCACGCCGCUCCCACGGCUCGUGCAGUGGUGGUGGUGGGCGGCGACGUCCUGGAGCAGGAAGUAUUCGGCGCACUGCCGCCUGGGCCCGCCCCGUCGGGGCCGAGGGCACAGGCCCAACGUGCGUGGGAGGAGGCGACGCGCAUGGCGGUGGAUCUGGCUCCCGCCAGAGCGACACGCUGGCACCAGGGCCUGCGCCGAGCCUCCAGGAUUGACAAAGUCCUGGUGAGCGUCCCCCGCUGGGCCCUGUGCCAGCUUUGGCAGUCUGCAUCGGUGUGCGGCGAGCCGAGGGAGCUCCACAUCAACGAGGUGAGCGACCACGCGAUGAUCAUCGCAUCCAUCGCGCCGAGAGCACCGCGGCCUCGCUCGCGGGGCCCUGCCCCUUUCUCGAGGCAGCUGGUCAUGCUGCCAAGGUUCCGCGAGAUCGUCGAGCUCUACUGCGCGGAGGUCUGCUGGGGCGAGCUGGCCCCUCCCGACGCGCACGCGGCGUGCGUCACGUCCCUCCAGGCGGCGGCCAAGCUUCUGCAGAACGAGCUGCUGACCACCAACGGCGGAGCGAAGGGCCCUAACGCCGCGAUCUGGAGGCAGCUGGCCCGUGCGUUCUGGCGGCAGGACGCUGCGCUGGCAAGGGUGGUGAUGGCGCAGAACCCGUGGGCGAAUGACGUGAUUGAGCUUGGGGCGCUGGGUCAGCCCCAUCGUGUGACGCUCAAGGACCCUGCUGAGUUCGAGCGCCGCUACACGCUGGCCCAGCGGCGCGAGGCGGCUGCCAACAGCCGCGCGGCGCAGGCGGAGGCAGAGGAGGAGUCCGCUGAGGAGCUGCGCAAGCGCAUGAUCUCGCAAGGCCGUGCCCUCCGACGACGUGCUCAACUCUGGGCACCUCGGGGAGCAAGGCAGCACCUUGCCGCGGUGGACCUCCCCCACGGCGCGGUGACCACGCAAGAGGGCAUGGCUGCGGCGCUGGCGGCGCACUGGAAGCCCGUCUUCGACCCGCCCAAGGGCCCCGUCUCCGAGCGGAGGAAGGCAAGGCUGCAGGAGCUGUACCUCGAGCGCUUCGCCACGCCGGCUCCUGAGUGGGAUGCGCUCCCGCCGCCUGGUCCUGAGGCCAUGCGCAUGGCU